AUGACUCGCCAGAAGGAUGCUGGAUGGGCGUGGGUGUGUGUGGUGGGCACGUUCUACAUCCACUUCAUUGUGUUUGGACUCAUGCAGUCUUUCGGAGUCAUAUACGUGGAGCUCCUGGGUCAGUUUGAAAGUUCUCGUGGUGAGACUGCCUGGAUUGGAUCUCUUCUCAGCGGACUCGUCCUACUGCUUGGCCCUGUGGGAGUGGUUGUCCUGGACCUGCUGGGGACUCGUGUGACAGCUAUACUGGGGGCUGUGCUGGCCUGUGUAGGCUGCAGUGUCAGUUUCCUGGCCGACAGUCUCAUCUUCCUGUACUUCAGUUUUGGCGUCCUUCAAGCUUAUCAUUCUCUAGGCCUUGGCUUCAACUUGAUGUUUAUCACAGCCACGGUCAUCGUGAACCAGUACUUUGUGAAAAGACGGUCCCUGGCCAAUGCCCUAGGGUCUCUAGGAGGAGGUGUGGGGACAAUGGCUCUCCCCCCUCUCCUACAGGUGAUGAUGUCGGAGUACACCUGGAGGGGAGCGUUGUUGAUUACAGGUGGGCUCGUCCUCAACUGUGCUGUGUUCGGGACACUUUUCAAGCCUUUUUACUCCAAGCAGGAACUGAGUGAUCUGAAAACAGAAUCAAGGAAAUCAGUCCUUGGGUCUUUUGCUUACUCAAUUCCAUUUAACCAUCUCCCGGACUUGGCGAAUGGUCUGGAGAUCCCAGAAGAUACAUCAUCGUGGCUGAUAUCCGCCAUCGGCAUAUCCAGCAUGGUCGGACGCUUGGUGUUUGGUCGGAUAUCCGAUAUCCCUUGUGUCAACAGAGUGGCUUUCUUCGCUUCAGCCAAUCUUGAGAGGGAGGUGGAGAGGCCUAGUGGUUAG